AUGACUGAUUUACUAUCAAAGCAAGUGCUCUUGCAGCGUUCAAUCGAGCGCGCUCUCGAUAACUUUAAAAAGGUGGGUCGAGCCAACCUUACCCCAGCGAAGAUUCGGAGUCGGCUCGCAUCACUCCAAGAUAACUGGGGCCAAUUUCAAGAGGGACAUGUGCGGUUGCUCCAGGCCGUGCCGGAAAGGGAUCAAGCUGCGAUGGACUACUUUAAGGACGGAUGCUUCGAGGCGACGGAAGACGUCUACCAGAACACGAAGGACGUCCUCACUGACUGCCUGGAAGCGUUGGAGCCUGUUGUGAGCCCAAACCCGUCCCUUCACUCUACUUGCGUACACGCUGACGCGUCGGGGCUUGCGAGCUCUCGUAUGCCGCCUAUUCGUUUACCUCCGUUCAGCGGGAGUUACUCCGACUGGGAGAACUUUCGCGAUCGGUUUUCCGCGCUCGUUAUUCAGAAUAAUUCACUCAGCGAUUUCGCGCGCAUGCAUUAUCUUGCGUCUUCGGUUUCGGGUCCCGCACUUAACUGUAUUUCUGACAUUAAAAUUACCGCGGACAAUUUUCAAGUGGCAUGGGCGGCACUCACGAAUCGUUUUGAUAAUAAACAGCGAUUAAUGAAAAAUCAUUUUACUACCUUAUUCGGGUUGUCGACCCUGCAACGGGAAUCCGGAGCGGAAUUGCAGGCUUUAGUUGACAAGGUUCAGAUCACCGUUUCGUCUUUGCGUCUUUUAGAUCGAACUCCUAGCGACUUGUGGAAUGACUUUCUUGUCCAUCUAGUAAUUCAAAGGUUGGAUCCUGUGACUCGUAAAGCUUGUAACCUUAAAUGGAGCGAGGCCGACGAUCCACCCACGUACGAAGAGCUAAAUCGGUUUCUGACCGGUCGUUGUCGCGCGCUAGAUGAUAACGCUAUCAGCUCAAAUUCGAAAUCGAAUCGCGCAUCGAAUGUAUCUCGCGCCCAUGUAGCGACUACUUCUGACUCCGCUCAGCGACUCAACGCCUCCGCACCAGCAUGCCCGUUAUGCAAGGCUCGACAUUAUCUAAGCGCGUGUCCUAAAUUUGUCGCCUUAACUCCGAAGCUGCGUAUGGAAACCGUAAAGAAAUUCAAACGCUGUUUGAAUUGUAUGAGUGCGGCUCAUUUACUACCUGACUGUACGAGCCAAUAUUCAUGCCGAUCGUGUCAAAAACGACAUCAUUCCCUGCUCCAUAUGGAGCUUGCGUCACCUUUGUCUUCGUCGGCGAACGAGAAUGCUGGUGGUGAAUCGUCCGCCAUAUCUGAGCAAAUUAAUUCUCUCGUCGCGUCCACUACUACGUGCGCUCGCGAUCAGGUACUUCUCGCUACUGCGAGAGUCACGGUCGGCGUAUCCUCCGGGAACUCGGUGGUGGUUCGGGCUUUGAUUGAUCAAGGCUCUGAGGCCACUUUUAUUUCUGAGACCUUAGCUCAAACGUUGCGAGCUAAACGUACUCGAAUGCCUGUCGCCGUCUCCGCCGUUGGAGGUGUUCAAAUCGGUCAAGUUCGUCAGGCUCUAACCAUUACUGUAUCGCCGUCGCGUCGAGUCACGCCGUCCUUCGCCACGACGGCACUUAUUCUUAAAUCUCUAACGUUGUACGCUCCGAAACGCGUAUCAUCGCGGUCCGCCUUAUCGCAUCUCUCGCAUCUAUCAUGGGCGGAUCCCGAUCCUACUAGCUCGGAAACUAUUAAUAUAAUAAUCGGCGCUGACUUGUAUGGCGACAUCAUUUUGGAUGGAAUCCAGAAAGGUGCUUCUGGCCAGCCUAUUGCCCAGAACACCGUCUUCGGAUGGGUGGUGUCGGGCCCAGUGGUGGCGACGGCGUCCGCAAUCCACAUUCCCGUCCACUUUAACGUACAUCAUUGUGCGUCAAGUCUGAAUCUGGAGACCGCUCUGCAAGUUUUGGGAGACUGA